CCUCACAGCCUCACUCAGGCAAAUCCCCCAGAUUGUCUGUUGUCUCUUCUAUUACCUACUAGUACCUUUGUUGGCUCUAGCUAGUCUCUACUCCAGCUGCAGCUGUAUAUAGCUACCCUUCCACACACACACCAAUCUAUCUAAGCUACUUAGUAAGCAAGCAACCAUGAGCGAACGAAUGAUCGAACUGCAACGAGCCCGUAUGCUGGCGGCAUCGUCCUCAUCCCGUCCUCCUACUACUGGUACCAACCACAAUCCGCAACGUCAAGCCGUCAUGGCAGCACAAUCGGAAGACGAUCAAUUGCGAUUGUUCUUGACGCGCAUGCAACGACGCGACGAGACACUUCUAUUUACUUCUAGCACUACUACUACUAGUAGUACCGAUGUGGGUCCGACGUGUCCGACGGCACUGUCGCGUCGAUUACUGCACAAACAAGGCGUGGGAUUUGUCGAUGACACGGUGAGUGCCAUUGCCAGUGCGGCGGCCGAUCGAUUUCUCGCUACCGUAUUGCAUCAAGCCGUGGCGUGUCGCGAUCAACGGUUAAAAGGCGCCGAAUUGUGGAAUGAAUCGCAGAAACAUCGACAUCGACACGUCCAACAAUACCAUACGGACGCAACUGCCCGCAAACGACAAAAACUCGAUAAAGAACAACAACGCCUCGAGAAGAAUAAAAAAGCCAUUGCCAUGGUUGACUCUAGCUCUAGUAGUAAAAAGGCAGUGGCCAAAAACAAGGAUGCGCCCAAGAAAAACAAGAAAAGCAAGGCAAGCGAAGACGGUACUACUACUACAGCAGGAGCGACGGACGACGCGGCCCAAGCAUUGGAAGAGGACGACAAUCAAUCGCACGAUUCGUUGGAUUCCGAAGAAGAAUACUAUCAGAGUUAUUAUAGUGAUCACGACGCAUCUCAAAAUGAGGAAGACGAAGAUGAUGAAACACUCCAAUUGGCCGAUAUUUCACGUCCUCUGGCAGCCUGGGAUUUUUACGUGGCGGGAAAACAGGAUAUUGUCAAUAACAAUAACAAAUCACAGCAAGACGAGGAUGACAACAAUAACAACAACAACAAUAAUAAGGACGACGAUUCCACCGACGAUGCUGCUGCCAAGGCAGUUGCCGUCGAAGACGCCAUGACCAUGAUGGACAAGGACGAUACGGAUGGAUUCCUGUCACCGCAAAAAAUGCCGGCGGCCAGUGCGGCCACGCCUUCUGCGCAAGCACAAGGAUAA